AUGAGAUUCUGUAAUACUAUACUACCGGCUGUGUUGCUGUUGCAGGCGUCAGCGGUGCUGUCGCGUUCAGAAGAGUCCAAUUCAGACGUUUUAGACGGGACCAUCACUGAUUAUCAUACGGUGCCAAUGAAGAAGAGAGACUCCAAUUCGGACGAGUCCGACGGGACCAUCACUGAUUAUCAUACGGUGCCAAUGAAGAAGAGAGAUUUCAAUUCGGACGAGUCCAACGGGACCAUCACUGAUUAUCAUACGGUGCCAAUGAAGAAGAGAGAUUCCAAUUCGGACGAGUCCGACGGGUCCAUCACUGAUUAUCAUACGGUGCCAAUGAAGAAGAGAGACUCCAAUUCGGACGAGUCCGACGGGUCCAUCACUGACUAUCAUACGGUGCCAAUGAAGAAGAGAGACUCCAAUUCAGACGAGUCCGACGGGUCCAUCACUGAUUAUCAUACGGUGCCAAUGAAGAAAAGAUAUAUCAAGUUCGACUUCGAUAAACUGAGAGGUGAUUCGCCCGCUACUGCGGAAGCAGGAGCUGCCGGGGCUGCGAAGCUUGUGAAAAGAAGCGACGGGACCGCUUUGGUGUAUCUCAAAAACGAACAAACGUUUUACUCGGUGAACAUUGGAGUGGGAACCCCGGAGCAAAAUCAAACGUUGUUGAUCGAUACGGGGUCUUCAGAUUUGUGGGUGAUGGGCUCCAACAACCCUUACUGUGCUGGGUCAUCAGGGUCUUCCAAAAAUGUCGAUGCAGAGGCAAAAGACAUCCGGAGCUGGUUUUCAUCUUUGACUGCUGAACUAACCACCCUAACGCAAAGUGCCACUUUUAGUCAAACGGCAACGUCUGUUGCGUCGAGUGAUGCGACUCUGUCGUGCUCCGAGUACGGCACUUUUGCCACUGACUCGUCUUCCAGCUUUAAAUCCAACAACUCCGAAUUUUACAUCUCCUACGGUGACGGCACCUACGCAGCCGGCCUAUGGGGCUCAGACAAGGUCACUUUGCAGAACGUUGAGAUUCCUAGGGUCAACUUUGCUGUUGCAAACGAAAGUACAUCUGAAUUCGGCGUGAUGGGAAUCGGCAUGGAAGAUUUGGAAUCCACCAAUACGCUUUCUGAAGAUCCCCACACUUACAUCAAUUUCCCCUCCGCGCUCGUGUUGCAAGGUGACAUUCACACAAGAGCAUUCUCGCUGUAUCUGAACACGCUUGACGCAACCAAAGGUUCCAUUUUGUUUGGCGGUAUUGACCACAGUAAGUACAGCGGUACACUCUACACAGUGCCCAUCAUCAACACUUACAAAAAUCAGGGGUAUGCUAACCCUAUCAGAUUUGAAGUCACAUUGCAAGGUCUUGGAAUGCGCGCCAACGACACCGAUACUACGUUCACCACCACAAAAAUUCCAGUCGUUUUGGACUCCGGAUCCACGCUAAGUUAUCUACCACCUAGGAUGGUCAGUGCGGCCGCCUCGAAGCUAGGUGCAACGUAUAGCUCACAAAGUGGGUUGUAUAUCUUUGAGUGCUCUGAGAUUUCUGACGAUGACUCUUUUGUUUUCGACUUCGGUGGAUUCCAAAUUCAAAGCAGCUUAAGCAACUACGUUUUGGAAACUAGCAGCUCGUCUUGGUGCGCCCUGGGUAUGAUUCCUCAGACUUCUGGCAGCUAUAUUCUCGGUGACAACUUCCUCACAGCAGCCUACGUCGUUUUUGACAUUGAUAACAUGCAAAUUUCUAUGGCUCAAGCUGAUUACAGCAAUGACUCCGAGGACGUGGAAAUAAUCUCUAGUACGGUGCCAAGUGCCGUCAGCGCUCCAAUGUACUCAUCCACGUUUUCGUCGACCAUGUCGAUUGUGACAGGUGGCAACAUUUUCACCUUGUCUUCGAAUGGAGCCAUUGCCACAUCUGCUAACUCUACUGUUACCUCUCGUUCCAGCAGUGGAGCCAGAUCCGGUUCGGCCACAAGCACCAGUGGCACUUCGUCGAGCGACGGGAAGAGUAACGGGGCUGCGGCCAUUGCUGUGCCCAAGCAUGGUUUAAUUGGCUUCUUGGCUACUGUUAGUAUCGGUCUGGUUGCAGGCUUGUUAUGA